CUUGCACCAAUCUUGAGGCACCCCCGCUGCCGCCUCUUCUCGCGCGCCGUGCGAAAACAAAACCCUGCCGUCUCCCCCUUCCUCUGCGGCGUAUCUAGGGUUUUUACCUCCCCGCUCCGCCUGCCCACACGCGCUUCCCUCCAGAAGCUUCUAGACACUUCAGUCGGAGGAGCAGCUCACGCCGCGCAGCAGCCAUGGCGUCCACCAAGGUCCAGCGUAUCAUGACCCAGCCCAUCAAUCUCAUCUUCCGGUUCCUCCAGAGCAAAGCGCGCAUCCAGAUCUGGCUUUUCGAGCAGAAGGAUAUGCGGAUCGAGGGUCGUAUCAUCGGCUUUGAUGAGUACAUGAACCUGGUUCUCGAGGAUGCUGAGGAAAUCAACAUUAAGAAGAACACCAGGAAAUCGUUGGGAAGGAUACUCUUGAAAGGUGACAACAUAACUCUGAUGAUGAACACUGGAAAGUGAAGCUUCUCUCUCUAGGAUGGCUGGCGUUCUCGUUCCUGUGUUGAGCAUUCCUGUGAUACUUUGAACUCCACCCAGGCUGAAAUGCAUGUAGCUUGUCGUUGUGGUCACUGAGCAUAUGUAACGUCUGUUGUCUAUCUAUGAACCCAGACCCAGUAAAUCCAUUCUGUCGACUCCGUGCAAGAUGUUUGAUCAAGAUGAUGAGCUUAUCGGUUGCGUUUAAGAUUGACAUGAACAGACCUUGUUGACUUUUUCUGUUGUUGAGCUUAUUAGUUACUAUGACUGUAUGUUAUGUUUUUUUCACUGCUUAUGAGUGAAACGCUUGAUUUCCCU